CUAGCCAGCCGUUCAACUCAUUCGCCGGUAGUAUAGAUUCGACGUUCUAAUGGGAUUUUAGAGACGAUACUACCUAAACUGUAUACAAAUGUGUAAAAUAAAAGAUUUUGUUGAUUUUGAAACUUAAAAUAUAAGAAUAUUUCAUUCAGAAUGGGAUUUUUCAAGUGUUCGCAACUUUGGAUUUUAUUUUUGGUUGUAUUUGUGAGAUCUACAGAAGCGCGGGGUACCAAGUAUGGCGUCGCAUUCCGCAGCCUCAUGGACGAAAAUGGCUACAAGGGCGGGGCCACGGGCGUUCUGGUCGGGAACCGGCUUGCUUACGUGGAAGGGUACGGCACCACGCUGACGGACCACAUGAUGGAGGCGACCACCGUACUUCCGGCGUCCGGCAUUUCCAAGAUCCUCACCGCCCUGACAGCGUUGAAACUGAUUCAGGAGGGGAAAAUGUACCCUAGUGACAAAGUGUUCGGGGCUGAUGGCGCCCUGUCACAUUUGGUAGAAAAAAAUGUUGUGAAAGAUAACAGAAUCUUUGACAUUACGGUGGACGAUCUGUUGCGUCACUCCGGUGGGUGGGACGCGGACAUUUCGAAAAUCGCCGACCCCGUUUUCAAUGAGUUCUUAGUAGACGGGAACCAGCACAUUGUGAACAUUUCUAAAGAAUUAAAGCUGAAAAAAGCACUGAGUCAAGAAGACAUCAUAAAGUUUAUGCUUACACAAGAUCUGGACUUUACCCCUGGGACGAAAUCUUCUGUGUCAAAUUAUGGAUAUUUGCUUCUUGGAAGAGUGAUUGAACAAGUUACAAAUGAAACGUACGCCGUCGCCGUUAAGGAAGACGUUCUUGUAAAUUGUGGUAUGUGGCACACGCGGCUUGGACCCCAUCAGACGGAGGGAAACCUGCCGUUCAAAGGCAAAAAGACAAGGGAAAUCAACGCACAGUUACGCGAAAAACAUCAAGUCAUUGGCGAAUACUACGCAUACAUUCAGCCCCAUCUUGUAGAUUCUGGUCUCGGUUGGUUCACAAACGCCUAUGACGUCAUGCGUCUCGCGCAAUGCAUUGACGGCACCGCAGACUACAUGCUUCUAAAUGCCACUACCAUCGAUCUCAUGCUACAGAAGCCGAAAUAUGCACCUGACGCCACAUCGUGGUUCGGCGCGGGCUUCAUGGUGCACGAGAACGGCGCGGUGUGGGUGAACGACGAGACGCAUGCGCCGGAUGUGGUCUUUCUCCACAAAAACCUCCAGCGCUUCCACCUCAAACGUGAAUACACGGGAGAUGAGAACGACCCGGUAGCCUGGACGCUCUUGUUUGAAGGGAAGCCGUCCAUAGACGCGCCCCUGAAGCAGCUCUCUCGGGUCAUGAUCGAGUCAGAGACACACUGGCCUACGAUCAACUCGUUCGUAGAUGAUCUGUAUGACCGCCUUCUUAGCAUGGGGUCCUCGACGAAGGUCAUUAAGCUGAAAAUAGAAGAGCACAGGGCAAACCAGUUCCUGAUUGCAUUGAAACGGGUCGAGUUUAAUGUCGUCUGGGUGAAUGCCUACACGCAUGACGAUGGUACAUUCAUCACAGUGAUCGCAGAGCAGGACCCCAAGGCGAGCCGUGAGUGUGUGGCUCUGGCUGGACUUCCGCUGAGGAAACUCGUGGAGCGGAAAUUGGAGUUGGAAGAGGAGGGUUACAAUAUCACCUUCAUUCAGAACUACAAGAGCUUCUCUCACCGCGACUCGUUUGUUUUCAUCGGCGUCUUCCAUAAGGGCGCGUUUAGAAAUGACAGUCACAUUUUGUACGGGAUUCAACAUUUUGACCGACCGUACAAGACGCUCCUAAGCCUGUACGAAGAAAAGGGAUUUAAACCGCUCGUACAAUCACUGGAGUACAAUCGCGACGAUGCUCUGCUCACGUUCAUUCUAGAGGCCGAUUCGGGCAAUGAAAAAGAUCAAAAAGAAAUAUAUUCAUCGGAAAUGGACCUUAACGAAGCUAGAUUAGAGCGGGCUGUCCAGAAAUACGCGAAGCAGCAAAGCAGGUUAAUAUACCUAGACGCCUCAAAUCAUCGAGGUAGGCCGAAGUUUUCAGCACUGUUUAAAAAGUCCCGAAAAACGACGUGGCUGUUCAGCCUUGGUCAGACGCCAGAACAAAUUUUGGACACAGUGACCGAGAAACAGAAGGAGGGAUAUCUACCCUCGGUUAUUGUAGGGUACAGCACCUCAAAGAAGAGCACUGGUCCCAAGUUUGCCAUCUACCUAGAGAAACCUACGGAAUCAAAGCGUUUUCUUUAAAGCUUAAGUGGAUUUUUAUGUUGUUGUGAUAAACAUUAUGUCUGUUUAAAACAGGCGCAAUUACGCACCUAAAUAUUUGCCAAAUGCAAAUCAUUAAAUUGCGAAAAGAAACAGAUUCAUUUAGAAACGCGCGAGUGCUGAGUUAUUAGUUGCUGGAUAUAGAAACAGCAACUAACAAUGUAAUAAAUUUUCAAUUUCAUACACUGUUUAAGCUGCCUAUUCAUGCGCAGACGAAACCAGGUUCAUCUCUGUACAAGUUUCAAUUAUUUCUUAAGGUAAACAUGUUAUUACCAACAAAUAGUACAGUCCUUGUGUUUUGUGAGCCACUUCGGGUGAAUAAAUCUUGUCAAAACAUUUAAAAAACCUUGAUGAACAGGGAUUUUUUUUCCAAUUAAAAAUUUAUUUUAGUUUUAUAUAUCAAUUGCACUUAUUUUUUCAGCAAACCCUUUAAUUUGCAUAUACCUUAUUAUCAAGGUGAAGAUUGGCUUAACAAAAUGUUCUGAACGGUUCUCUCCAUCACUAAUGCUCAUUGUAAAUGGUUCAUACGUAGAUAUCAUAUUUAAAUCUAUAGAAUAGUUGUACUAAUGUGUUUAUAUAGUCGCGAUCGGGUAUACGAUGUAUACAGUUUUGUGAAAUGUCUACAUUUAUAUGAACUUUUAAAGUUUAUUAUUGUUUUCAUUACAUCGCAAAUGUUUUAGAUAAACAUUUGGUGACAUUAUUAUUCAAUGGAAUAUUAUUUCAAUAAAUAGUUCAAAAUUCCA